GCACCCUGUAAAAUUAUGGACAGUCUCGAGGCACCCUUUAAAAUUAUGGACAGUCCCGAGGCACCCUUUAAAUUUAUGGACAGUCCCGAGGCACCCUUUAAAUUUAUGGACAGUCCCGAGGCACCCUUUAAAUUUAUGGACAGUCCCGAGGCACACUUUAAAUUUAUGGACAGUCCCCAGGCACCCUUUAAAAUUAUGGACAGUCCCGAGGCACCCUGUAAAAUUAUGGACAGUCCCGAGGCACCCUGUAAAAUUAUGGACAGUCCCGAGGCACCCUGUAAAAUUAUGGACAGUCCCGAGGCACCCUUCACAAUUAUGGACAGUCCCGAGGCACCCUCCACAAUUAUGGACAGUUUAGAGGCACCCUGCACAAUUAUGGACAGUCCCGAGGCACCCUGCACAAUUAUGGACAGUCCCGAGGCACCCUCCACAAUUAUGGACAGUCCCGAGGCACCCUUUAAAAUGAUGGAUAGUCCCGAGGCACCCUUUAAAAUUAUGGACAGUCUUGAGGCACCCCAUUCUAAAUUG